CGGCCGAGGAUCCAGGAAGGUUUGCGGACCGCGCACACCAUGAUCCGGGACCUGAUCGCAUGAAAGCCGAACAUCCUCAUCUCCAGCUCUCACCUAAAGGAAGGUAUCAUGAUUCCUGUGAUGGAAUUCCGGCAGUUCUCUGAACAGCAGCCAGCGUUCAGAGUCCUGAAGCCGUGGUGGGAUGUGUUCACCGACUACUUGUCUGUAAUCAUGCUCAUGAUCGGCGUCUUUGGAUGCACUCUUCAGGUAAUGCAAGAUAAAAUCAUAUGCCUUCCUCAGAGAGUGCCGGCGCCUUCGGAGAACACAAGUGAAGUGGAAGUGAAAUCACUGUUACAUCUGCAGCCCAACAUAUCAGCCAUACCAAAAGAAAUGACAGGCCUGAAAACAGAUCUGGAUCUUCAACAGUACAGUUUCAUCAAUCAGAUGUGUUAUGAGAAGGCUCUGCACUGGUAUGCCAAGUACUUUCCUUAUUUGGUUCUUAUACACACUCUUGUUUUCAUGGUGUGCAGCAACUUCUGGUUCAAAUUCCCCGGCUCGAGCUCUAAAAUAGAGCAUUUUAUCUCCAUGCUCGGCAAGUGCUUCGACUCUCCGUGGACCACACGAGCUUUGUCGGAGGUGUCCGGAGAAAAUCCCGAGGAAAAGGACCAUAAAAAGAGCGCCACCUCAAGGUCCAACAUCAUUGUGUCUCCUGGAGAAGGAAGCCUGGAGAAGACACAGUCCCUCCGGUCGAUCCCGGAAAAGAUUGUAGUUGAAAAGCCAUCAGCAAGUGUUCUUGAUAAAAAAGAGGGUGAACAAGCUAAAGCUCUUUUUGAAAAGGUGAAGAAGUUCCGUUUGCACGUUGAGGAAGGAGACAUCCUGUAUCUUAUGUACGUUCGUCAGACAGUGUUCAAGGUGUUUAAAUUCCUCCUGAUCAUUGCCUAUAAUAGCUCUCUCGUCAAUAAAGUGCGGAACAGAGUGCGUUGCGAAGUUGAGAUCCAAGACAUGACAGGCUACAAAGAUUUUGAAUGUAAUCACACAAUGGCUCACCUGUUUUCUAAGCUGUCUUACUGUUACCUGUGUUUAGUAGCUGUCUAUGGGUUAACAAGCCUUUACACCUCUUACUGGCUGUUUUACCGCUCACUGAAAGAAUACUCCUUUGAGUAUGUGCGACAGGAAACAGGCAUCAACGACAUCCCGGACGUCAAAAAUGACUUUGCUUUCAUGCUACACAUGAUCGAUCAGUAUGACCCGCUGUACUCCAAACGAUUUGCAGUUUUUCUCUCUGAGGUCAGUGAGAACAAACUGAAACAGCUGAACCUCAAUCAUGAGUGGACCCCGGAGAAAUUGCGCCAGAGACUGCAGACUAACGGCAACAACAGACUUGAACUUCAGCUGUUCAUGCUCCCUGGGUUACCCGACACUGUCUUUGAGUUGACGGAGCUGCAGUCGCUCAAGCUGGAGAUCAUCAACAAUGUCACCAUCCCUGCUUCAAUCUCUCAGCUGGAAGACCUUCAGGAGCUGUCUCUUUACCAAUGCUCUCUAAAGUUGCACACAACAGCUACCUCCUUCCUCAAAGAGAACCUGAAAGUGCUUCGUGUGAAAUUCGAUGAUAACAGGGAACUUCCAAACUGGAUGUAUGGCCUGCGCAGCUUAGAGGAGCUCUAUCUCACCGGGUCUCUGAGCCCUGAUGCCUCCAAAAAUAUAGUUCUUGAGUCGCUGCGGGAGUUGAAGUGCCUGAAAACUCUCUCCCUUAAGAGUAAUUUGACCAAGAUACCCCAGUCUAUCGUGGAUGUUUCCAGCCACCUGCAGCGCCUGUACUUACACAAUGAUGGCACUAAGCUAGUAAUGCUCAACAACCUGAAAAAGAUGACCAACCUGGUCGAGUUGGAACUCGUGCGUUGUGAUCUGGAACGCAUCCCGCAUGCAAUCUUCAGCCUAACGAAUCUGCAAGAGCUUGACCUGAAAGAGAACAACCUUCGCUCAAUAGAGGAGAUCAUCAGCUUCCAGCAUCUUCGAAAACUCACUUGCCUCAAACUUUGGUAUAAUGGCAUCAUGUACAUCCCGGAGCAUAUCAAGAAGCUCGGCAGCCUAGAGCGCCUCUACUUCAGCCACAACAAGAUCGAGAUUUUGCCUUCGCACCUGUUCUUGUGUAACAAGCUGCGCUACCUGGACCUGUCCAACAAUGACAUCCGAUUCAUCCCUCCAGAAAUCGGAGUCCUUCAGAGUCUCCAGUAUUUCUCUGUCACCUGCAACAAAAUCGAAAAUCUACCAGAUGAGCUUUUCUUUUGCAAAAAGCUCAAAACACUAAAGCUCGGCAAAAACUCGUUGUCCAUACUCUCACCAAAAAUUUCCUACCUAGCUCUUCUGACAUACUUGGACCUCAAAUGCAACCACUUUGAGUUCCUGCCCCAAGAGCUCGGUUGCUGUCGUGCUUUGAAGCGCAGUGGCCUUAUGGUGGAAGAGACACUGUUUGAAACCCUGCCUUCUGAUGUCAGGGACCAAAUGAAGGCUGAGUGAGACGCCUUAUUGUAGCCACAGUGCCUGCUGUCUGUUCUGUCUACCACUGCAGAGCAUUUUUUUGUAUGAACUCAUUACCAUAUUUAAGUAUUACACUACUGUUAAGAAAGUUAUUCUUCCAGUUUCUUUGACGAGGGGAAAAAUUACUUAUUCAUUUAUUGUCACAUAGAGUGUGGCUGCAACAGGAGUGCUUGUUUUGUUGUUUACUGACAUGUUACAACCCUGUCGCCUGAAAAAAUGUAGGCAUACAUUUCGGCAAACUAUGGAUACGUUACAUUUGUAUGCAAUUAUAUACGCUAGCAGAUAGGUUGAAACUUGUGGUUGUGUUUGGCAUAAAUGGUUAAGAAAAGCUCAUGUUUUGGCUUGAACUACCCGCUUUUGAUGGCACUAUUCCGGCAGGAAACGCAGCAAUGUCUCAGUAAAAAACAGCCUCUUUUUGUGGCACUAUGUCCGGCGUAAAAACAGUGACAGCUCACUAAAAAAUAAUCACAUUUGGCUGCUCAGAACUUAGCAAUGAAGAGCUAAGUGUGCAUUUUGGUGUUUAUUGGUCUUGAACAGUGGUCUGCAGCCUGGCAGGUGUCUCUCCCAGGUGUCAGGCCAUCUACGGUGCCCUUCCCCUCCAGAUGACAAAAUCAACUCAUAUACUCCGUCGGUUUAGAAACAUUUGUAUGGUACGUAGGAAACAUACAAAUGUUACGUGUUUUUGGUUUGCAGAAAUGUGCAGUGCCAACAUUUUCCUCUGGCAACUGGGCUGCAUAUUAUCCAUUCACAAGACCUACUUAAAGAAAUAGUUUAGCAUUUUUGGAAAUACACCAUCUUGCUUUCUUGCUUAGAGUUAGAUGUGAAUAUUGACAUCAAUCUCAUAUCUGUAAGUUAAACAUGAAACUAUAGCCAGCAGGCAGUUAGCUUAGCUUAGCACAAAGACUGGAAGAGGGAAACAGCUGGAAACAGCCAUGAUCUUUCAGAAGGUGAACCUACCACCAACUGUGAAACUAAUUAAUUCACACGUUAUAGCGUAUUUUGUUAAAUCUGCACAAAAACUGAAAUGUUAAAAUGGCAAGUUGUGGGUUAAUGGGGAGCUGCAUGCUGGACUAUUUUUGUCCUGGUUUUGUCCUGGAGUUCCUUUCUUAAUUUCUGAAUUUUAAUGCUGAUUAAGGCUGCAAAGUUGGAUUUAUUAAAAAAACACUUAAAACACAUUAAAUUUGGCUCAAUAGUGACAAUAUUAAACACAACUACAUAAUUUGGCUCCAUUAUAACCUGCAAGGUUUACAGAUAAAACACUUGUCUUUUGCUAGACACGUUUUCCCUCCAUAUACAACAUGCUAACAAUCUUAGCAUAGGCCUAUGACAUUUUACACUGCAUAAAUUAACCUAGCUGCUAGUGGAGUUUUCCUCUACUCAUAUGAAGCCAGUAGGUAACGUUAUAAAUUUCAGCUGCAUUGUAACUCACAAGAUUCACCAACAACUGUCUUUUACUCGACACGUUUUCCCUACAAAUACAACAUGCUAAUGUUAUUAGCACAAGCCUGAGGCAUUUUACAUUGCAUAAAUUAACCUAGCCACUAAUGGAGUUUUCCUCCACUCAUAUGAAGCUAGGAACAACGGAAACAUUUAACAAAGGUACAUUACAGAAAUCAGCUGCAGUGAAACUCACAGCAUCCACCAACAAAACAACGGUCUUUUACUUGACAUGUUUCCCCUACAAAUACAACAUGCUAAUGAUAUUAGCACAAGCCUGAGGCAUUUUACAUUGUAUAAGUUAGCCUAGCUGCUAGCAGAGCUUUCCACUAAUUCCAAUUUAUUGUUUUUUUUCAUCUGUGAAAAAAAAGGUAAAUUUAGGGCCUGUGUCCACAUAGCAUUUUUCAUUAGCACAAAAGAGGUGGCUUCAUAAAAAAGUGCUCCAAGGGCUUUUAUAAAAUGAUGCGCUGCACGUGGGUUUUGUUGCUAUGACGACAAUAUCUUGCCAUUAAUGUUAGCUAUAGGUAGCUAAUGCAAUGCUAUGUUAACACAGGGUCAACGACACAGUUAAGGCCAAAACACACCAGCGGCGUCAUAUGACGGCAGCGUCAUUGACGCGAGUCAAGUGCCGCC